AACUGGUUUGUGUUGAAAGGGGCUGAUCACAUACACACCCCCUCCUGUGGUGCUUUAUAAGAGCUCGUGUCGUUCGGAUCUCACUCAGACAGACUCUCCUGAAGAUCUCCAUCUGACUCUGAACCUGCACUAAUAAUGGCACCAGCCGGAGCGAAGAGGGGUAUUCUGGAGCGUCUGAGCGCGGGUGAGGUGGUGCUCGGUGACGGAGGGUUCGUGUUUGCUCUGGAGAAGAGGGGUUAUGUGAAGGCCGGACCCUGGACACCAGAGGCCGCUGCUGAGCACCCGGAGGCCGUGCGACAGCUGCACAGGGAAUUCCUGCGGGCCGGGUCAAAUGUCAUGCAGACGUUCACUUUCUACGCCAGUGAUGAUAAACUGGAGAACAGAGGCAACAAACUGACCUUCACUGGACAGCAAAUCAAUGAGGCCGCCUGCGACCUGGCCAGAGAAGUAGCCAAUGAGGGUGAUGCUCUGGUGGCGGGCGGAGUCUCGCAGACCCCCUCCUACCUGAGCUGCAAGAGUGAAGACGACGUAAAGAACACCUUCAGGAAACAGCUGGACGUAUUCGUCAAGAAGAACGUGGACUUCCUCAUCGCUGAGUACUUCGAGCACGUGGAGGAGGCCGAAUGGGCCGUUCAGGUUCUGAAGGCAACCGGGAAACCCGUAGCAGCGACAAUGUGUAUAGGACCUGAGGGAGACAUGCAUGGAGUGACACCUGGAGAAUGCGCCGUCAGACUCGUCAAAGCCGGUGCUGAUAUUGUUGGCGUGAACUGUCACUUUGACCCGAUGACCUGUGUGAAGACCGUGGCGAUGAUGAAGGCUGCCGUUGAGAAGGCGGGACUGAAGGCUCAUUAUAUGGUUCAACCGCUGGCGUAUCACACACCCGACUGCAGCUGCCAGGGGUUCAUCGACCUGCCAGAGUUCCCAUUCGCUCUGGAGCCCAGAAUCCUGACCCGCUGGGAGAUGCAGCAGUAUGCCCGCGAGGCGUAUAAGGCUGGUAUCUGCUACAUCGGAGGCUGCUGCGGGUUUGAGCCAUAUCACAUCCGCGCCGUGGCCGAGGAGCUCGCGACCGAGAGAGGAAUCCUGCCCGACGCUUCGCAGAAACACGGAAUGUGGGGCAGCGGUCUGGAGAUGCACACCAAACCUUGGGUCAGAGCCAGAGCCCGUCGCGAUUACUGGGAGAAGCUCAAACCUGCUUCUGGACGCCCGCUGUGCCCGUCUAUGUCCACUCCUGACGGCUGGGGGGUCACCAAGGGUCACGCCGAGCUCAUGCAGCAGAAGGAGUCCACGACUCGAGACCAGCUGCGCCCGCUGUUUCAGAAAGCCGAUGCCAAAAACUGAGCGGGUCAGAGGUCAGGCUGAGAGUCACCCCAGUGUAGAACACGAGACGCACGGGGAACAUCGGCUCUCUUAUUGUGCAUUUACAAACCAGUAAUCAACAUGACGUGUGCUUCAGCAGGACCAGAAAGAAAACAUGCGCCCCCAGUCCUUCAGUUGGUUGUAGAGGUGUAAGAGGACAUUUAAUGUUGGACAGACUGAAAUGUGUGUUAGCUGCUGUUCCUUCAGGACCUGAUCUCUGAUCGUCACAGCUGCAUUCCAGAUGUUCACAACACUCCAGUCUCACAAUUUUACUCAAGUUUGACUUUGCUCAAUAAAAUGUGACCAUGAUCUCAAA